AUGAGUGACUUUUGGGAUAAGAACAAAGGGUCUAUUGCCUCUGGGUUCAAGAGUGCUGGUAAGUAUACUUAUCAGGGUGCCAAAUAUGUGGGCAAAUCAGGCUAUAAUGCCAGUAAAAAUCAUUAUAACAAGAGUAAAGAACAAAGAGAUAAAAGGGACAAGAAAAAGGGGAAGAAAAAGAAUGGUGAUGAUGAAUACAGUGGUGAUGAUAGUUAUAGUGAUGAUGACAGUAGUUACUCAACUGCAUCUAUUCCCGUUAGUAGUAUGAAAGAUCCAAAUUCAUUUCCUCCUCCUCCAUUAAAACCGCAGCAGGUACAAGCGACCUCUUCUUCUCAUAGUGUGGAACAAUAUCCUGCUUCUGCAGGAGUUCCGCAACAGCAAUUGAGACAGCUUCCUCCUCAACCAAUAUCUGCUACUCAGCAACCUGCUUGGCCCCAACAACCCGCUGCUAACCAAUACGAUGGUCAAGUUUCUGCUCCAGACCAGUCUCAAAUGCAAUAUGGCGGACAAACUCAAUAUCAGCAACCUCCUGCUAUGCAACAGCCACCUGCUAUGCAACAACAUCCUGCUAUGCAACAACCUCCUGAUAUGCAACAACCUCCUGAUAUGCAACAACCUCCUGCUAUGCAACAACCUCCUGCUAUGCAACAACCUCCUGCUAUGCAACAACCUCCUGCUAUGCAACAACCUCCUGCUAUGCAACAACCUCCUGCUAUGCAACAACCUCCUGCUAUGCAACAACCGCCAAAUAUGGUAGGACAACCUAGUAAUCAAUUUCAAUUACCAGAGCCUCAACAGCGUCAAACUCCCCCACUACCACCUGUUACCUCUCAGCCAUAUGGGGAGGCUCAAAACCAGGCUCAAAACCAAGGACAAUUUCAAGCAACACCAUUGUCUCAAUUACAAAACAUGCAACAGGAGGAAACGACUCGUUCUGUACCUAAUGCAUACGAUCCCCAGCAAACCUAUUCCCAACCGCCUUCUAUUCCUCAGAGGCAUACUCCACAACCAGUUGUUAAUCAGGUUCAGUACCAGGAAUCCCAGUCUUCUAUACCGCAAGUUAAUCAAGAUUAUUAUGGACAACAGCCAGAAGUAAACCAACAAAACAAUUUGAUGAAUCGAAGCAUACCUCCUCCUAUGCAACAGCAACCGCCUAUGCAACAGCAACCACCUAUGCAACAGCAACCACCUAUGCAACAGCAACCACCUAUGCAACAACAACCACCUAUGCCACCACGAGGACCAUCACUGGCUGCUCCAGCUUAUGGCGGAACGCCUAAUAUAAAUGCCAAUGCUCAACUCCCAGCUUCAUCUGGUAUUACAGUAAAACCUUAUAAUCCAGAUGAAGUUCAAACAAGAGAGCCGUUGGCACUUAAAGUUGAUAUUGGUAAUCUUCCUCCACCUCCUACACAUAGAGAUAGAGGGACAGAAACUCGUCCACCUUCAGAACCAAAGCCAUCUCCUGCCAUUAGAAAUCCGAUUAGCGCAGUACCAGCUGUUUCCAGAGCCUCGACUCUUGAUUCAUCAUCUGUACCUGUAAAUUCAAUACCGGCUCAUCAAAACCAACCGAUUUAUAUGCAAGACAAUUCUUCUAGCGUAGAAUCGUUCCCUGACGAAGAAACCUCGGAUUUCAAUAAUCUUCCGCCACCACCACCUCCAAACCGCCGUGUCACUGAGCAAAAUCUGGAAAAGUCGGCUAAAAGUUCUACAAUUGGCCAAGAACAACGUAAUGAUUCUAAGACAGAGCCACCAAGAGCUGCAAUUGUAGGUUCUUUUAAUUCAAAUCCUACAAUUAAUUUUGAACCACCUCCUAAGCCAUUUAGGCCUGUUGUUAAUUCUGACAGAAAGUCAGAAAGCCCUGUUCAACCGCAACCACUAGCUCGUUCAGCUAAUGGUCCACCUGCUUUACCAUCACGCCGUGGUACCCAAACUAGCUUUGAAUCGCAUCCCACACCACCUUCUAUGGAAAGCAGCACACCAAGUCUUCCAAAUAGGUUGAAUCGUAAUGAACCACCAAUUGCAGAAAAACCAGUGUCGUCAUUUCCACCUCCUCCAAAGCCAUUCAGAAGAGUUGAAGCUGAAUCACCUUCUCAUUCUCAAGUUAAUGAUUCUAAUAAGGAAAGCUCUGCGCCAAGAACACAUAAUUUCGGUAAUGAUGAGGAUGAAGAUAUUUCAGCACCAGUAAAAUGGAAUCCUCCAGCAGAAUUGUUGGAAAGGAAAUCAGAAAUCGAUGUUAAAAAAGGCAAAAAGGCACCACCUCCAGUUGUUAAACCAAAACCUAAGAAUCUUUCCUCUGUAAACAAGGUAAACCCUGAAUAUGAGGGCCAUAAGCCAGUGGGUUCAAUGAAUCAAAAUCAAAAUCAAAAUCAAAAUCAAAAUAGUUUAAACAGCAUAACCGAUGAACUAACACAUGUCCACUUGAGAAAGACAGGAAUUAGUUUGGAAGAUGAAGGAAAGAAGUUUGGAGGUAAUGACACUUCAAUUGAUGAUAUUCCUCCUAAAUUUGAAAAGAUAGAAACAUCAAGGAAACCAAAAGCUCCACCAGCAGUUCCUAAAAAGAAAGAUAGUAUACGAGGUGCUCCACCACCAGUACCGGCAAAGAAGAAGAAUUUGAAUGCUACCCCUCAACCUCCUCCAUCUAGACGUAAUAAUAAUGUUAAUAAUGAUAAUGAUGACGAUGACAGCAAUCCAUUUGAAAAAUAUAUGAGAGAUGCUGUUCCUGCAGAGGAGAAUAGACUGAGGAAGUAG